UGGUAAUGAUAUAAAAACUUCUUCUUUCAAAAAUAAUUUGAAGCUCAGUUUCUUUACGAUAUGGAACAUCCUUGAAUACUAUGGGAAACACCUCGACACAUAAACAGCAACAGUCUCCAAAUUUUACUCGACUAGCGGAACUUUUUCAGCAACUCGCUGACGGAACCCAUGAAAGGAGCUCUAUAAAACAAGACCUUUUUGAGAAAUACUUCAGUCUUCAAGAUUCCGCCACACUUGGCCAGUUGUUGUAUAAGUACCUCACUAAGAUUGGAAAUGGCUGUGAAAAUGGCCUGGACCAGAAAAACUUUGUUGAACAGAUGGAGCACAUUUUGGAUGCUGGAUCAUCGUCAAGUGGACAACUAGAAAUGUAUUUUAGGAUAUUCAGUAGCAGCCAUGAAACCAUAACUUAUGAAGAGUUGUCUGUGAUGUGCAAAGUGUGUUAUCAGAUGUGGCUAUACUUAGAAGACCUGGAUGGGAGCACCGAGGCUGACCCAACUUCAAUCAGUAUGGAAGUAGUCCACUCACUGGUGGCAGAUAAAGACAGUGCAGUGUGCAUCAAGAACUGUAUUGUUUGGAUGACAGAUCACAUGCCUAGUAUAUUUAAUCCUAUUCACUCUUGGUUUGUCACUCUUACCCUUCAUGGAAAUAACAAACUUCAGAGUUGCCGACCUGUGCACUCCAUCAUUUCCUGGCCYGAUUGUCCCCCAAGCAUACUUCUCAAUAAAAGACUGUUUUGGCUUCUUUCAAUGGUGCUACCUGAAUAUUUUAUAACUUUCAAGUAUGACAACCUUUGGUGUAAUCAAACUGCAGCUGAAAAAUGUACUGAAGACAAGGAAUGGAAUAUCUUGUACAAUAGCAGUCAUGAUGGACAGAGCUUCAACAGAUUUAAGCAUCACUGUUUCUCAUACAAUGGUCCUACUGUCUUGYUUAUAAUGGUUGAAUCAGGAMCUCUUGUYGYUGCUGCUAUUGACUCAAACUGGAAAGAGUCGGGAUCAUACUGGGGAAGCAGUCAUUGUAUGCUACUUCAACUUGAAGAGAAACUUCAAAUCCUAAAAGAGGGAGAGAAAAUGGUAUUUGUGAAUSAAAGAACAAGAGGUCUACCAACUGGUAUUUUACUUGGAGACAAUAACAAACCCAUGAUURCCAUCAACAUUGACCUCACAUCAGCUGUAUUACAUUAUAAACACGAUUCAACUGCUUAUAACAUCUCAAGUCUUGAGGUAUGGGGCUGCGCAGGAUUGGUUGCUAAGGAAAGACAGAAAGCGCAACAGCGCUGGGAAAGAAAACAGGCUGAAAAACUUCAGAAGGUUAAACUACCAGGAAAAUGGGAUGAGAAUCCCGACCGCGCAAUACUGGACAUGGCYGGAGUAACAAAGGACUAUGGUCACCGACAAUAAUAAUGAUCAUGCAAUCUUUGAUCAUGCGCGACGAGAAUAGUGCAAAACGAAAAAGUGAAGAAMUAUCUUGCCAUUAGUGGAAGACAAUUGCAUUUUUUCAAGUAGAUAAUUGUAAUAUCGUUAAGAAAUUUCUUAUCAGGUUUUUAAGAACAAAUUCACACAAUUGGAAAUAUUUAAUAGAACGUUUUUAUUGUCAAUAGUUAUUAAAAAUCUGAGAUGAUGUAUAAAUGUUUACCGAAGACAAAAUAAGACGUAUAAUUCCACAAGAUGUAUAUAGAAAAAUUAUAACUUUUAUGUAUUAAUAGUAUCUACACUAGACAAAGCAUGUUGUAUGGAAUACAAAUACUCACACAAAUAAAUAUCAUGAAAUAAUGAG